CUGCCUUAUUUACGCCUGAUAACGGCGAAAAGCGGCACGAAAGAGAGACGGCGUCAAUUCAAAUGCAGCAGCGUCGCGUCGUUUUUCUUUUGACCGUGGAAAAAGAAAAAAUAGAAAACGUGCAACGUGUUAGUGCGGCUGCAUUUCUAUUAGAUUGUGUGUUGUGCCUUAUCAGUGAAUUAUUUAGCACAACAAAACGAUAAUGGCCACAACUUUUGCAGGUUCAAAGUACCCAAAACUUCACAUAGCUACAGCAUCUAAUGACGACGACGACGAUGAUGAUGAUGAGGAGGAGGAGGCGGAUGAAUCUGGUUCGACCAGCUCGUUUAGCUUACAGGAAUGCAUUAACGAGUUUCGUGCACGUCGGAUUCGACGCGUCUCCACGCACAGUCGAGAUCGCGAAAUGCCAGCAGCUGGUGAUGAUCCAAAAGGCGCUCCGCUGGCAUCUGCUAACACAACCGAUGCGCAUCUAAUCAAUCAGAAUUUGUGUAACAAGGCUCAAGAGCGGAAGGGUAAACCGUGCAAGAACGGUUUCUGCUAUUGCUUCACCAGCGACAGUGGCGAUUGUGCUUCAACGACGGCUCCGCCACGUGACUGGCACGUGCGGCAGCAAAAACGCAGCAGGCGCUCUGAAAGUAAUAAGCUGGGCGUCGCACAGCCGCCUCUGAAUAAUCUAAAUGCGCAACAGCAGCGAGAGUUACCAAAACGGAGUAUACAGAAGCAGCCAGCUCUCAUUGCUGCAGGACAGACUUCUAUCUCUGCUAAUCCUUUGACAGCGGUCAGCAGCUUGCGAGCUGUGGGCGAUAAUGCACCACUUAUACACAUCAUACAAGAAUUGCGCGAUAAUUGUGUCAUAUCCGAGGUUCGCGUCAAUCGUGAUAAAUUAUCAGGCAUCAAACAGCCAACAUCAACAACAACAACAAAACGCUCAUCACUUAAGGCAUCAUCCAAACUAAAGGUAGCUGCUCCGAAAAUGCGUCAAACCGAGACCGUAGACUAUCAGCCCACAGCGCCCGUGCUGUCUAACAUAAGUGAACACGAGACGCCACUGGAGGAAAGCGAACAGGCCCUUCUAACAGAACAAACUAGUUUAGCGGGUGGCAGCUUGCAUUCAACUCGCCGCAGUUCCCGUCGCAGUUCCAGUGGAGGCCGACUACUUCAGAAACGUCUCUCACAAGGCCAAGUGAAUUUCAAGACUCACGAUAUGGAGAAGCCGCCGCCAAAGCCACCUCGCCGCAGUACACAGAGUCUCGAUGAUAAAUUCUCGUUAUCAUCGCUGACCUCAACCACGCCUUCGGUGCGGGAAGCCGAGCGCGUCCUGGAUGAGUUUCUGCGCAAGCAUGGCGUACAGCUACCGACCACACAAAAAGAAAACUUGCCCAAAGCCAAGAGCAAGCGUAAAUCCUAUCCAUUAGCUGAAAUUGAGAAGCCGAUGCGCAUCAAUCCUUUGCCCAGCUGCCCCUCGCUGAGCGAUAUUGAGCGCGUGGUGGAGUCAAAACGAGGCGCGCAUUAUGCCAAAAAUAUACAUAUGGCUAGCAAGAAGAGUGUUGUGGCCGAUAAGCCUAUAAAGGACUUUACUCUUGGCUGGACGGAGCCAAAAAUCAAUGAUAUGCUAAACUAUGAUAUAGCUAAAAAGACGCAAUUCAAGACUAAUGCACCGGAGCCAGCGCCACAGGUGGCCAACAUAGGUUGGCAGGUGCCAGUUAUGCCCAAGAUUUCACUCGACACAGUUGAUGGCGUUAGUGAUAAUCUGGCCGUCAACAUGGAGCAGAAGCAUACGCCGAUUAAAUAUCCACGUCUGCCCAAGCAGAGCAGCCAAAAAUUCAUUUGGAGCGAACAAUGGCGCAAUUUGACUCCUUGGAGUGGCAACAAGCCACGAACAGGACUACGCAAGAAGUCCAAAAACUUUUUAAACAAUUCCAAAAAGAAAAUCUUGCGCUUUGUCUCACCCAAGAAGAGUAACCAAGAGCAGUUGGAACGGGAGCAUACCCAACGUCGUCGUCCCACUCCUCGCCUCUGUACAGUGGGCGUACAGACCAGCUCCAUAUCGCAAUUGGAUUUGCAGUCACAGUCACCGCCGGGUAGCUAUCAUUCCCCCGUACAAUCAACACCAACGGCCACCACCAGCUCCGCCCGACCGCCACACUAUAAAGAAAGCUCCGAGCAGCCUUAUUUUGAUUUUGAACGCAAGGUAAAGCCGCCAAAGCAGUCACGACCACAGCGUCCACGCAAGUUGAACUUUCAAGGCGACAGCAAUUCAGCACCCGCUGCUACCUAUCGCUCUUUUCACAAGGAUCUAGAUCAAGAUGUUACCAUCACCAAAAUGGGCUAUUUGCUGGGCAACAUACGAGCCAAAUUGGAAGCUAGCGAUGAACGCGCCAUUCGUGCUUUUGGGGCUAGCUCUCGUGUGAUGCCUGAGGAACGAUUGGAAAAUUUGGAGCUGACGUCGGAUGGUUUCGACUGCAUAGAUGCACCGAGACGGCAUUUGGAACACUCCGCAACAUCUAUGAUACGGCAGCCUCGUAAUCCUGACCGGGAACCGAUUUACUCUGAAAUCGAAGAGGAUUGCAUACUUAUAAGCGGUAGUCCGCAAUUUGAUGUGCGCACAGAAGCGCAACUUGAAGUGGAACCGACACCUACGCAUACCCCUACACCAACACCAACGCCAACACCCACACCCUCAGCCACACCCACACCCACAGUAUCGCCUACGCCAGCGCUCACAAUUGCGACAGGGACUGCCACAGUUAGUGAGCCAACAUCGAUAGCCUCACCUUUCCCACUCUAUGCCCAAGUGCAAAAAGCCAAUAAGACGCCAUCAAAGACAACACCCGCAAAGGCUGCGCCUCCACCCAGAGCUCUGGGACACUUUCUGCAGGAGUCCUUGAAGAAUGGCAGCUUCUUUAAGUUUAUGCCACUGCCCGAUGAGCCCACCAGCGAAAGCUCAUACACCAUGUCCAACUCGAAUAGUAUCUCGAAUCAAGCGACGUUGCCCAUGCAUCAAUCGCUAAACAACAUCAACGAACAACAUUCUCCGCCCAAAAAGAAUCGUAAUUUAAGCAAGUCGGAGCUAUCGCUGCAGCGCAGUGAGAUAUUCCUAGAGAAUCUAUGUCGCAGCGAGAUUGUGCUGGAUCCUGAUGAUAAUGCGCGACUGGAAAAGGUGCAAAAUACCUGUCUUAGAGCGCAGUCAACUACAGAUGAUGUCUCGUAUGAUAUGCCAGUAGAAUUAUACGAAGACUAUAUAAUUGAUGAUCGCAACGCCAGUGGCAGCUCCUUUGCUACCAAAUAUGGAUCUGUGCAGCUAGAGCCACCGCCUCCAUCUUCAGAUAAUCAGAGCACACCAAAGAAACAACAACAGCAGCAGCAGCAGCGCUUUACGACUAAGCCAAGCAUUGAUAUCAAUGAUGGUCCAUCAAUGGCAGGCCAGACUGUAAGCCAGAGCUGUCCAACUACACCACAGCAGCAAGAGCAGCUGCCGCCGUUGAAGCCAACGCAUAGUAGCUUAACCGAGCUGCCAGCAAAUGACAGCCAGCUGUUAUCCAUGAGCACAAUGGCUCGUUAUCGUCUGUUGAAGGAUGCAGUGCGCCGCUCGUAUCGCAAAGGUAAAGACUUCUUGCUGGCCGAGAAGCAGCGGCUUGCUCAAAAUCUGAGUUUGUCUCGCGAUCAAUCUAAUCAAACGGAAGCUGAGUUGGAUACCAGCAGCUACUAUGCCACCUUCAAUCUGGAUUCGCUGCUCAAUGAAUCGCUGACGACGAAGGAGCAGCUGUCGCAAGCUGUCAGUAUUUGCCGUCAAAUGCCCGAACUGGAAAUCUCGCCUGAAAUGGUGGAAGCAGAGCGGCUGCUGCUGUUUAGCACGCUGCGACAGAAAAAGGAACCCGCAAUACUGGCCAGAGAGGAUACUCUAACUGUGCGUCAGCAAUCGCAGUGCCUGCUGCUGGAUGGUUUGCAUUUACCUGUCAGGUCGGACGCUAACCAGGAUAUGUUCUUCAACUACUAUUACAUCUGUACCAUUGAAUGUGAGGGUCACAUACGCUCCACACAAUCCAUUGAGUGCCAGCAUGGAGCUGCAAUCUUUCGCGAUUGUGGCUUGGAGUUUUAUAGCGUUGGUGAAGCUGAGGCGCUGGAGCUGCGAUGUCAAAUUUUUAUGCUACGUCUGCGCAAGGUAUCGACACUGUCACUGGAGCCGUCUAACAAACUGAAACGAGGCAGUGGCAGCCUUGGCUCUAACAGUUCUUCUAGCAGUUCUUCACAAAUUGUUUCACGCUUUCGUCUGCACGCCUCCUUCACGCUAAAAGCCUCUGAUCUAGUGCCCUACGAGCUUGUCUCCAAUGAUACGCAGCCUGGUGACAAACUGUGGCUGCGUACCUCGCGUACCUGGCAACUACCGCUAACGCCACACACUAAAUCUUCGAAUCUAAUGCCACAAAUAGAGCUGAGUGGACGCGUGGAACUGCGUUUGCCCAAGUCUCAAUACGCAGGCUAUCUGAAUGUGCAGGACACAGAUCCGAGGAAUAAGCACAAUUGGAAUCGGCGCUGGUGUACGCUGGAUGGACUGCAUCUGGCUGUCUGGCAGCACGAAAACAAUCUCGUCGAGCAGCCACCGCUGCUGUCAUUGCAGCUGGGCGAGUGCCGACAAUCGCAAUUGGAUGUAGCUCCGCGGGAGCUGUGCGCACGUGCUCGCAGCUUUUGGUUACAGUGUCCUAAUGGUGAGGCCUUCUUUGCAGCGGAUACCCAAGCUGAGCUGGUCGAUUGGCUGCGCAGGCUAAAUGAAGCGUUGGCUUUCACUAAACGCUGGUUAAGUGCCUCUUAGCAAUUAGUUUAUAUA